UGUGGUGCCUAAUGGUAACAUAUGAACAUAAGAAAAUAAGGGAAGCUGCAAGAAGCUAUGAGGUCUACACGUGACAGUCCCUGUAUAAAACAUACCUAUUUCCAUCUAUUGUCCCCAUCUAAUAAUCUGCCUAAUCUUUUAGAGCUCCGUAAUGACUCAGCACAAAGAAAACGAAGAGAAGAUUUGACUGUGAUGAUUAUAUUAAAGUAAAUCCAGAAUUAUUUCUCAGUUGAUAUGUGAUGUUCAAGACUUCAAGAAACGUAAUCAGCGUGCAAAGCUACAUACGAGUAUGCAGCGGGCAGGGCAGGGCAGGGCUGGGUGGGGCACAGCAACGGAACUGCGGGCACAUGCUGCUACUUCGUUUCAAUGGUGGCCAGGCUCACGACUGCAGAGAGCGAGCGCUGCAAAGACACUUUCCGAAAAUGGCUUCAGAAUACUGAUUUGUUGAAUGUUAAAAUGCCCAGUGCCCAGCGACAAGGCUAGUUUAGUGUUGUCUUUAUGUGCACUCAUCACUGAGAUAAAUGCCGGCAAGGCCAACACUCAGGCCGCCACCCGCACCCUCAAGGUCCCCGGGAACACCUCGCUGCUGACGUACAUCUUCCCUAUACAUUUGUUUGAUCACCAAAAUUCUUCCGUCACUGACCCGCCUAAUGCAUACUUAAGAGUGUUAAAGGUGACUGUGUGUCGCAUAUAAUAUACAUAAAGAAUAUUUUGUAGUAAAUGCGGCAGUUUUCUCGAGAGAAACAGAGAGAGAGAGAGAGAGAGAAGGAGCAAGUAAUAGAAUCCUUCCACCCCGCUGGGUCCCUGCAAUCUAGCCGAUCCACACCCUCUCCACUGUUUAUAUACGCUGGUGGGGUGGCGGGGACCACCACAAGUAUUGACGGGGACUGUGCGGGCUCAACUGACUCGCUAAACAUCACCCCAGACGCUGGCCACCUCACGGCAUGGCUGUUCCUCACUCGUUGGCGCUCCAGGGAAGCAACAGCCGCAUUGACAGGUGUGGAGAAGUGAGGCAACGCGCUCCGUGCUCCUCCCUUAUAUCGCCGACGACAACCACGUUGGAAGUGUGGUGGUUGAUUUGAGGCCACAGCUGUCCUUAGUGUGUGGCCAGGUGUGAGACGUGGCACAGGUGUCGUGGUGAACAAGCUAGUCGUCAUGAGUGGGCCGGGGCCCCGUCAUGGCAGCCCCACAACAACACCCACUGACUAACACCUCGUGCACAUUCUCCUCCUCUCCUGCCGCCUUCCCUCCCACUGCUGGAAGCUAUGGUAGUGGAAAAACAGCAUUCUGUGGCGACUUGCAAGGCCAGGUGAGUGUCGCCAGCGAUCGCAACGUCCAAAGUCUCGUGUGCUCCAGUACAACAGUCUCUCCACAACCCAUCCUGACCAAUUCCGCGUCGCGCAAGACCAAACCCUGCUCUCUGUGUGGCACAGCUGCUCUGCGCUCUCAGUCGUCUCUGGUCCCUAAUUCACCAGUCAGUCCCCAAGAACAGCCAGUGGUUCUCCUUCACCGCUUAGAGGACGGACUACCAGAGGGUGAUGUUGACAGUCUCCGCGCCUUUGGGACUAUUCGACUCCUACCUGUUCAUUGUGGUAAGGUCGAAGGCGUUACAGAUGACAGUAAACACGAAUGUGACAGAAAAUAUCAAAGUGUUACGAGCCAUACCAUGGCUCCAGGAAAUCUGGCAUACAAAUCAUUUAAAAGAGGAAAUAUUAAAAAACGAACAGAAUUACCCAGUGUGAGUCAAGGUUACGGUGACCUCAAAAAAUCACUGACCAGCGAUAUUCUACGUAAGUUCAAAGCCAGUGACGAUCAUCACAAUUUCAGUGAAAAGCUUAGUGAACAGAAGGUAAAAAACAAUACUAACUCAAACAGUGGUGGAACCAGUCACCGUACAAAGAAAAACAGUGAAGCUCGUGUGAAUGAAAACAGUGUAGGGUACAGAUUGGUCUCUGGGGAGGAGACACUCGGCGAACGUUUGGAGACACUUUCGUCCCAGCAAAACCAUCUUCAGUAUUCCACUGUUUCCUCCGUAAGCUCAGCGUCCCAGUCACCUCACCGUGUGUCCAGUCCUCAGUAUCAGACGCUCUCACCUCAUACAGAAAGUUUAGACUGUUCUGCAACAAGCAGGUCUUCUCUUUCAUCCCAAAGUAAUUUACCAUCACCUCAAACAAGCACAUCGUCUGCUGUUAAUAAUCACUCGCACGACAGUACCUCUCAGGCUCACAGCACACACGACACCAUUCAUCAACGCUCCGCAUCGCCCGACACGCCAAUGUCUGCUGUGUGUUCCCCUGUGUUGCCCCUGACGACUGCAGCACUCUCUUCCCCAUCGCAAAACAUUGAUUCGCCAUCUACCAUCUCUCCUCCGGAAUCCCCUCCAUCUCCACCUUCCCCAUUCUCACCAGCCUUUAUGGGUUCCCCCUCGACGUGUGAUCGUGAGAAUCUGCACUCAUCUUGCUCAGUUGACGUACAGCAGUCUUCCUCUCCAUACUCUCCUUGCACUUUACCGUCUUUACCAGCUUCCCCAACUUCCUUGCCUUCAUCUUCAAAAUCUCCUCCUUCCCCAGCGCUUUCCAUAGAUUCCCCUCCUAUAUCCCCUGCCGCCUGCGAGAUCAGUGACAGUCAAGUGCCCUUCUCAGAGACACUUGGUGGUGAUUCACGUGCAGAAGAAACUGAUUCAGCGGCUCGGUUGGACACAGUUUUUAAAUCAAAAGCUGAUCCUGAAGUCAUUGAGACCAGAGAUAGUAAAGCUGUGCCUCAGUAUCAUCUGACUCGAACUUCGUCAAUGGAAAAUGAUGAAGUAUCAAACAAGAGUCACUCUGGCCAAAAAGAGGUUGCUCAGGUACCGUCAGCCUCUGAAACAGGGCCAGCACCAUCCGCCCAAAUACACAUGCCAGAAGACACCAGUACUGCUUCACAAAACAGCGAGAUCGAAGCUCAUGCAGACACGUAUCAAGAGUCCUCGACUGACCAUGAGUGUGGAGACAGGGAGAAUAGUCUGAAGGAAGUGGAACAUUUGAAGCCAGACUUUGUAAAGUCCUCUUUAAACAGUGAAAGUAAGAAUGUGGAAGCAGAGAAAAAUUGCAGUGACUCUAAGAAUUCGUUAAUGAAGUUGGUGCUGAAAGUGAAACAUCCUGCAAAUCAGCAACUUCCGGUAGGGCCAGAAAAAAAAGACUACAACAAAGAAAAUGGGAUUCCAAAGAUUGUUCUUACUUUAAGGGGAAAUGGACCCAAUAAAGAGUAUUCGUGCUCAAAUAGGUUAAGAAAUGAGAGUGAAAGUUGUUCUGGUGAAAGUGUAAAUAAUAAGAAGCACAAAUCAAAGAGGAAUAAAAGACAAAAGCCAAAAGACAGGGAAAAGGUGAAAAAGGUAAUGAAAGUUGGUAAACACAAAAGACACGUUGAACUCUUUGGUGAGGACAGUAACGACUCCUGUGAUAUUAUUCCUGAUAACAUUAAGAAUCAUACAAGUGAAGGUAGACAUUCAAGAACUCCUUCCACUGAUGAGCAAAUACUGCGCCCAUCUUUCACACCUCACGCUACAGAGGAGGCUCCCUCAGUCCCGGAUGAGAGGAACUUGGCUCCAACACUCUCACCAGGCGAGUCGCCUUCACAUUGUGCCAAAUAUGAAGAGAGUGCUGAAACCGCUGACUCUCCUAGUCCUACUGAACAGUCGUUGUCACAUUCAUUGCCGUCUGACGCCUCAGAGGUCAACACAGACGUCGGGGAUAGAACAAAGUCGUUAAUCAAGGACAGCGAAGAAAUAACUGAAACUCAGACUGAAUGUACUGAAAGCAAUACACAUGAAACCUCGAACCUCACAGUCGAAGUACCCAAGACCCGUGAUGAUGAACCUGCUUUCAUGGAGUUACAACAAGAGGGAAAGGAGACCUCACAGGCAUCGUCAGGUACGUUGCACUCUAGUGAGAUCGACCAUCAGAAUAAGCAACCUGAAGGCCUGAUCCUUAGAAGCCGAAGAAGCAGACAUGCUAAAAAUACAGAGUCAGGCCGGAACUCUGACACUUGUCUCUGGGUGAGCUUUGGUGUGAAUGCCCCGAUGCCACUGCCUGCGACUGACCUGCCCAGUCUCGAACCUUUAUUCACAUCCAAAGAGAAAACGAAAUUGAAGGAAAGUGAAACUAACGGCAGUAAAGAACACGCAUCAUCCAAUCAGCCAAAGGUUGAGGUUAAGAAACAUCCUCCUAAGGCAACUCAUAAGGAAAGGAAAGAAAGAGAGAAGACAGAGACACAGCCCGAUGCUACCAAGGAAUCCACAGAACAUGAGUAUGAAUCAAAAGCCAAAUUUCUUACAGAGCACAGUGACAGUAAAACAGUUGUUUCUCACGGUCACCGUAAAGUGCACUCCUCCUCCAGCCAUGAAGACAGCAAUGGCGCACAUUGCAAGGUGCGCAGCCACGGUGACUCGACACAUCAUCGCUCUCGACACUCGCAUAAAAGACAACGUAAAUCUGAUGACGAUCGAGAAGGGGCCAUUAUGAAGGAAACAGAUUCCCGCCAGCACAGCUCACUAGAUGCUACAGAGAGAGAUGACAGUAGGAGUGAAGAAAAGAGUACUGAAAGUUGCAAAGAAAAAUUAGCGACUUCAGAUUUCACUCCUGUUUGUGGUUUCGAUGAUGUUCAAAUGAAGACCGAGGAAAAAUCUGCCGCCGAAGAAUCAUGUACACUGCCUAACACCUCGUCACGUGUAGAUGGCAGUAAAGAAGGCCACAAAGAGUCACCAAACAACAUCUCGCAUGAAGAAAAUGAAGUUAACGUUAAACCAGAAAAACCAACGAAUUUGAAGCCUGAGGAGACUUCUGAUGACCAAUAUUACCGUCCCAAGAAAAUAAGAAAAGCCUUCAAUAGUAAAAUUACUUCAGAUCACCAUAACGAAAUCACAUCCACUGAUCAAAAGACAACCAAAGCUCACAGCGACGAAAAGACAGUUAGUAAUCAACCAGAAGACUGCAAGGAUCAGGUUUCUCCAAAGUUUUCAUCUCCUGAAGUAGUCACUAUUUCUUCCUUGUCAGGAAUGCAUGCAGUAGAAUCAGAAUCGUUUAGAGUUGAGUGUCACACCUCAGAAGUUAAAACUGAUGUACCCUGGAGACCACACGAAGAAAUAAUAAGAAGGGAUAUGCUGCUCAGAAGUCCGCAGAAUAGUGAGACUUCUAACGACCAGAGGAAACGCAAGCACCGGUCCCCCACACCCCUGGGACAGGACCUCGUCACCAAGCUAGGCGUGGAAUCCGCGGACGAACAAUCCAAACAGGCUGCCGAAGGGAAGAAGGAAGAAGCCGCAGACAAGUUAGCGGACAUCAAAAAGGAUUCUUUUCCGGGGAACGAGGAUAACGAAAAGAAAGAAGUUUCAAAGAAAGAAAAGGAAAAGCGGAAAAAGCCACGCAAGGAAAAAAGGAAAGACGGCUCACGUCCGGGGAGUCGGUGCGCCGUGCUUCAGGAGGCCCAGUUCCGACGGGAGGUAGAGCACGAGGAAGGACGUGGGCGUCGCUUAGCGCAAGAGAUCAAGGGCUUCAAUUGGCUCGAGCAGAAGAUCAAAAACAGCUCUUUGCUCUCCUCCCGCACUGUACCUUCCACACCCACAAGCAGUUCGUCAGGCAAGGAGCUUGAGUCACCCUCCAAGAGUGUCUCCUCCACUCCCACCACUUCCUCAUCCCACUUCACUUUCGGCAACAAAGAGGAAGAACAUGCCAGGAAGAAUUCGUUCAGUGGAAGCAGUAGCAGCAUAGGAUUUAAAAGACAUCUUCAGACAGCAGUACCUCCCCUUAUACCUUCAUCCAAAGUCACAGCCCUCCCCAAGCGACGGCCUUCCUUGGGCACUCCCAUCACACCACCAUGUUCAGCCCCGCCAACUCUCUGUAGUGCUACAUCUGUACCUAGCAUGAUUGUUCAGGGUGCUUUAUACACCUGUGAACCAACUCCAUAUAGAUCUGGGCAUGGAAGAGUUCCACCACCUCUGGAAAAAAGUAGUACAAGUCUUGAACAUGCUGAGGCAGAUAAAGCAACUCUGUACAGUAGUACAUCUUCUACAAAAGCAACACUGUAUGGGGUAAAGGAUAAUAGUCUUGAAGCAUUAUAUGAUACUGUCAGUGUCAAUGCUGUGAACUAUUAUGAUAGUGUAACCUCUGGUAAUAUUGAUACUCAGUACAAUAUUACUACUUCUCCGCCCAUCUGCUUCUAUGGCUCAGCAAAGUACCAGGAGCCUGGCCUUCAUCCUGACAAAACUCCAGCUACUGGUCCCCAUGCAAAGUCUUCUGUAAUCUCAACAUCACAGGACUCAGGUGGCAUGACAGAUCACCAAGUGGACAAACUACAUUCACCCAAGCCUGAUACAUGUUCAUCAAGGAAUUCAGAUUGGUCUGCUUGGCAAGGAUCAAGUCCAAACAGCCAGCACUCUGGAUACUCAGCUGAUCCUCACAGUCCUCAGCGGUUUUCUCAUAAGCAAGCACUCCUCAGGCGAGCAUUCCAGGAGAUGAUGAAAAGUGACUCCAACAACUCAUCCACAGAGCAAACAAAGGAAAAAGAAAGUGUGAUACAAAGCACCCCUACAAAAACUGAAAUAAACAUGGCAGAUGAAUCAAAGAGUAAAGAAAUGGAAACACCAGGCUCCACCACUGGCCAGUCAUCAUCAGAAAGCACAUCAUCUGUAGAUAUUAAAAGUCUAAAAUCUCAGUGCCCUGACAAUACACCACCUCUGUUACUAAAUAAGUGUUUUUCAGAAUCAACUGAGAGGCAUAUCUUUUCAUAUUCCCCAAGGUCGAUAGCAGCAUCACUUAAUUCAGAGAAAGAUGUAAUUGAUCCAGUCUGUACUGAAAAUAUAAUAUCAACUUCAGCAAAUAAACAAGAAGGUGCAGAAAAUGUUGGCUGUAAGGUGGAUUCUAAUAAAAAGAUUGUGGUGGCAGAAAGUAGUCCAAACAUUACAGAAAAUGACAGUGAUAAGGAAACUUCAUUGGAAAAAAUCAAUGAUGAUAAAAAUGUGAAAGUUCCUAAAGAUCUGCAAAGUGAUGUUAUUGACUGCAUACGGAGUGAAUCAGGUGAUAUUGAUAUGAAAGUUUUAAAAGAAGAAAUUUGUUACAAAGGUGAUGGCAAAAGUGAGGAGGAUGCUGAAGUGCAGCCAAGGUUGCUUCUUUCUGUACUGUAUAAAGAACUAAUGAAAACACGACAGGAAGUUGAAAAAUUGCGAAAAGUACAAGAGUUGAUGCUGACUGAAAAAGAAGAAAAGAAGGAAGAUGCAGGUGAACAGAACAGUGAAACUAAAGUGGAGUCUGAGACAGUAGAUGAAAAUUCACAUAAUAAUGAAAGAAAUUUGGAAAAGAGAAAGGACCAUGAAAGUAGUGAUGUCAAGUUAAAAAUUGAUGAUGAGGAGGAAUGUUACUACCAUGAGAGUAAAAAGUCGAAAAUUAGUAUACGCAGUGACCUUUUGCCAAGAGAAGACAGCGUUGGUCUAGAUACUACCUCCUCUAAUACUUCAGCUUCACAAAAAAUCAUCUCUCUUUCACACCAAAGCUCUUCACCCACACUUACCAAUCCAGCUCAGGUUCAGUCCAAUUUGGAGAUUUCUAUGACUUCUUUAAAGGGUUCUGCUGUACCUGACACUAGUCAUGCAUCACGAGUAAGUCCUGCCAUCCCAGCUGUUAGUCCUGGCUUAUCAAGUAGUAUAUUAGUCUCACCUAACCUAACCACUUCCCAACCUAGAGGACAUCCAAGGGCAAGUCCAGGAGUGUCAAGUCCAGGAAUACCAAGGACUAGUCCAGGGAUACCAAGACCUAGUCCUCCUAUUACAAGAGCAAGUCCUGGAAUACCAAAAUCUAAUAGUGGAAGCAUCAUUGUAAGUCCUGGAGCUUCAGUUAGUCCUGCAAUACCAAGUAGCAGUCCUGGAAUAACAAGUAGUCCUGGAGUUCCACGAAGUAGCCCUGGGGUACUAAGAAUGAGUCCAGGACUUCCAAGGAUACAUUCUGGGAUAUCAAGGAUUAGUCCUGGGGCACCUUUGGUUAGUCCUGGGCCACUAGUAGUCAGUCCUGCAGCACCAGUAAUUAGUCCUGGGAUACCAAUGGUCAGCCCCAGUUCUUCAAGAAAUGGCCUAGGAUUAAUAAGAAAUGACUCAGAAGUAACUGUUAUAAAUCCUGGUACAACUCAAAUGAGCCCCAGUUCAUCUCAAGGGAAUAUGUUCAAUACACCAACAAAUCCAUCAUCAGCAGAGGACCUUCACAUAUCUUAUAGUAAUCCAGCUGUUACCACUGCCCAACCAAAGAUAACAACUGUACAGUCUGUUAUUAGCCCUGUAGUGCCGGUUCCCAGAUUUCCUCAGAUUCCUCUCACAAGUACAGCAGUUCCUAUAAUUAGCCCAACUGGGGGAAAAACAAACUCUCCAGUACCUAGAAUAAGCCCAAGCACUUCAAAAAUUGAUCCAGUAGCAACUGUACCAUUAAAAAAGACAUCUCUAACAAACAUGAGUCCAACCAAGUUACGCUCUGUAUUUGGAAUAUCCAAUUCUGAGGUAGAGCUGAUGCCUGUAUCAGUUGGACCAAAACAGUCCCUUCAUGAACCUCAGCCUCGGACAUUUUUAAACCUGAUUGAAGACCAACAUCAUCAAACAACAGAAAUGCCUCUUCUCCUCAAUGCUGUACAGGGAGUUCACCAAGAAAGUGGCUCCAAAAAUGUUGAGUCAUCUAGUCAUGGAGCAGUGCCUUUCCACAGCCUUGCAGGUCAUGAGGAUCUUAAGAGGAUUAGUAAGGCCCACCAAUAUCCAGGGGAAAUUAAACGACAUGCCCUUUCCACAUCUGAUCUUCCAGACCAUGCAUCAUCUGCCUGCAAGCAACCUCCUCCACUCAAGCCAGCAACUACCUUAGUCAGAAGGCAUUCAGAUAACAUGGAUAUUCAUUCAGCGAUGCAUCACCACCCUUUGUAUAGUGGCACACGCAAAAACCUCGCUGGUUCUCUUCAUUCUUCUGCUGCACCAACAGAACUUAAAAAUCCCAAUACAGCACAUUCAUUUAAUCAGCCUCAGUACAGCCCUACACAAUAUCCUUUGACAAAUCCAAGAGGAAGAAGAAAUACUGAUGCUAACUCUACAGAAAGAAAUCGAGGAUAUCAGCAGACUGUGCCCAUGGGAAUGCAACACCAGUUUGCACAUUUACCUCCUGGAUCAUCAGUAAUGAGAAGCCUUGGACCGGACAAAGCUACUAUUUUUCCUAUACCACCAACUAUGCCUGCAUCAAUUCGUCCCUUCAGGCCCUCAGUUCUACCUCCUGCCACUCGAACCCACCUAGAACAGUUGCAAAAUGAAAACUUUUAUCGAACAAACUUUUCAUUCUUUGAGAAGAUCAGAGAAAAAUUUGCUCAACCUUGUGACAAUGGAGUCAGUGCCAUGGAUCGGUUACAGGCAUCUACAGCAAAUGUAGAAAAGCCUAUGCAACCACAAACCUUUGCACCUAGAGUUCUAGUUCGAGAAUCUAUUCCAGAAGCACAUACACCAACAACCUCAUACACAAUGCAUUUUUCAAAUCAAAACCAACCCCCACAUAAUGUUAUGCCCAGCCACCAGAAUCACUUCUCAACCAACAUGCAUUCUGGCCCAAGUCUUCAGCACUUAACUCAAGCAAGACUCCACAGUCAAGCAACCUCCAGCAUGCAACGUGCUAAUAGUUCAAGUGUAAGAAGUGGAGAGAAGUUGUGUUUCCACUGUCCUCAACAAGCUCGGUUCAUAUGCUCUGGAUGCAAGAAAGCUUGGUACUGCUCAGAACAAUGCCAGCGUGAACAUUGGAGCAUCCAUAGUUCUGCCUGUGUUUUAUGAUUUCAGGUAUGUGUGUGAUGUGCGGAUCCAUGUACAUGUAUUAAUUUAUGUACUUCAUGCAUAAAUUUGGAGUAAAAUUUCUCCAUUUUAUUUAAAACAAUGUGCAGAUCCCCCCCCCCCUUUUUUUUGUUAUUGUAUGUUACACAUGAAUUAAAGCUUCUGUGAUAUGUAUGCACCAAGGACUAAUACAAUUGUUUAUAUGAAUGCACAACAGGUGAUUUGAAUGAUGUCAACAGAUAAUCAAUACAGUUCAUGUAGGUAUUGUACUAUCAUAGUGUAGCAAGUAUGUUAACAUUUUGAAAAUUCGUUUAAUGUAACAUUUUUUUUUUUUUUUUUUUUUUUUUUUUUUGCAUCACUAUUUUGAAGAUUGAAAAUUACAUUAUUCAUUUAUCAUUUUUAGUGAGCAACAUUAAACAUUGGUCACAAAUGAGGUAUUAUUUCAGUGUGUCUUCUGUUUUUUUUUUUUUUUUUUUUUUUUAAUAUCACAAAAUUCAUUAUUUCACAGUGUAAAUACACUGUGAAUUCAUUGCUCACCAGUAUAAAUUAAAUGAGUUGUGAGUAUGGUACUCAAAUUUUGUAAAGUUAUGGAGUCCUCAUCAUAUGCUUUAAAGGUAGGCUUCAUAUAUAACACCUAAGUACAUACAUUUUAUAGCAGUAUAUAUAUAUAUAUAUAUAUAUAUAUAUAUAUAUAUAUAUAUAUAUAUAUAUAUAUAUAUAUAUAUAUAUAUAUAUAUAUAUAUAUAUAUAUAUAUGAGAGAGAGAGAGAGAGAGAGCAAUACACUUGCUUCAGUAUGUAUCACCCUUGUGCAUCAUAAAUGUAAUAAUGUUUUUAGUUGUGAAGUGUUAUUUAUGAUGCCAACUUUUAAUGAAAGUUUCAAACCUAUAACUCAAAAUCUUAAAUCUUGUUUCAGUAAUACAGAAACUUCAUAAAUGUGCUAUUUUUUGUAAUCCACUUUUCUAUUCAAAUUAGUCUCUAAGAUAAAGUUUUAUAUAUAUAAUGUAAGAUGUUAAUAUUUAAGCAUUAUUUGUUAUUAUGUCUGGUAUGGGACAGUAAACUCUUUGCUUUCCUUGACUAUGUAAUAUUUGAGCAGUUUCCAAAUUGAGUGCCAUAUCCUCCAUUAUUUUUAUAUUCAUGUUAUUUAUUUUCUCAGUCGAAAAGAGCUGUAACCUGGAGGUGCACACACACUGAGCUAAACAUAUCUUAGUAUAUAAGGUGUGAUAUUUUUAUAACUUUCUUACUGUUGACUGUAAAUAUUGAUGUAUGAUUGUCGUACAAGAAUUUUAGACUGUCAGUCCGAGUGCUUUAAAUUACAUGGUAAUAUUUGUGUACCUACAAGUACAGUAAAAAAAAAAGUGUACAUAAGUUUUCUGUAAAGAAGUGAAAUGUGGAGAAGAUAAUAAAUGUUGAGUUUGUUUCUCUCUACUUAUGAAUGAAAUGAAUGAAAACCAUACAAAUUAUCAUGUAGAAAUAAACAAAUAUCAAUUGCA